UCACACUCUCUCUUUCUUCCUUCAACGCGUUUCUUCAAAAACUACACACACAAUUCUCCGACGAGUUUUCCGGUCAACAUUCACCGUUAACUAACUCCGGCGAAGUAACAACCUCACGCUCUUAGAUCCGAUCAGAUCAAAAUUCUCCCGUUCUCAAUUUCUUCCAAGUUCAACUCCUUCAAAGUUCAAACUCUGUAGUUUUGUAGUCAAACUUUUUUUUUUUCUCCGAUUCAAAUCUUCAAAGAGCUUCUUCAUACUCUUCUUCUUACUUCUCUGAUAAUUUUUUUUUGUUCAUCGGAGUUUUUUUUGUUGCUUUUUUCUUCACCGGCGGUGAGAUUUUUUCCGGCGAGAUGACGUCGGGGACGAGGCAACCAACGUGGAAGGAGAGAGAGAAUAACAAGAGGAGAGAGAGGAGAAGAAGAGCUAUAGCAGCGAAGAUCUUCUCCGGUUUGAGAAUGUAUGGGAACUAUAAGCUUCCGAAACAUUGUGACAACAAUGAAGUUCUCAAAGCUCUUUGUAAUGAAGCUGGUUGGAUCGUUGAACCUGAUGGUACAACUUAUCGUAAGGGAUGCAAGCCUGCGGAACGCAUCGAUGUGAUAGGUGGUUCUACAAUGGGAAGCCCGUGUUCAUCUUACCAUGUAAGUCCCUGUGCUUCCUACAACCCAAGUCCUGGCUCUUCUUCCUUCCCUAGCCCGCGCUCAUCCCAUGCUGUAAAUCCUAAUGGUGAUGGAAAUUCCCUCAUUCCAUGGCUCAAAAACCUCUCAUCUGGAUCAUCAUCAGCAUCCUCUUCCAAGCUUCCACAGCUAUAUAUUCACACCGGCUCCAUCAGUGCUCCUGUCACUCCUCCACUUAGCUCUCCAACUGCUCGAUCACCCCAGAGGAAAGCUGACUGGGAGGAUCAGUCUACUCGCCCUGGGUGGGGUGGGCAGCAGUACUCUUUCCAGCCUUCCUCCACUCCUCCUAGCCCUGGUCGCCAAGUUCUCGACCCAGAUUGGUUUGCUGGUAUUAGGAUGCCCCACAGCGGGCAAACUUCUCCUACCUUCAGCCUAGUUGCUACUAAUCCAUUUGGCUUCAGGGAAGAGGUUUUCUGUGGCAGUGAUUCCCGCAUGUGGACCCCUGGACAAAGUGGGACAUGUUCUCCAGCUUUAGCUGCAGGCUCUGAUCAUAAUGCUGACAUACCAAUGUCUGAAGCUAUUUCAGAUGAAUUUGCCUUUGGAAGCAGUGCAGUUGGUUUGGUGAAGCCUUGGGAAGGAGAGAGGAUCCAUGAAGAUUCUGGAUCAGAUGAUUUAGAGCUCACUCUUGGUACCUCAAAGACCAGGUAAAAUGCUGCAUAAAUGAGCUAUCCCAAAAAAAAGUGCUGCAUAAAUGAAUAGUCAGUGGUCCCCUCAAUAUGAAAUUUGACUCUGUUAUAUUAUGUAGAAAAGUUAGAGGAGGGAGUUAAGGUGAUGAAAGCGAGCAUUUGCUCUUCCAUUUUAUUUUAUUUUAUUCUUUUAUUUUCUCUAAGGUCUUAUUUAUUCUUAAGUUAUAUAUUAUGUAUACAACUUUAGUUAGUAGUUAGGUGUGGGAUGAUUUUUCAACCCUUUCAUUUUGGUCAAUCAUGUUAAACCCUCAAAUACUAUUGGAAAGAUCAAUAUACCUGUAAUGGAUUGGGUUGGUAUUUAUAUUCAAAGUAAAAUUAGGCAAAAGAUUCAAAUGUACCUGCAUGACCAAGGAAGUUAAAUGCAAAUUCGGAUUGGGUUAUAGGCCUACCA